ACGCGUCGGAUCUUCGUAUAUCGUGACCGAAAGUAGUUCGAUUAUUACAUCUAUUUAUUAGUAAUUACUAUUAUACGAUUCAACUAUAUUAGAAUCUGAGUAAGCUGAGUAAAUUUACAUCAUUCAGUGAGUGCGACUAUAUCAUCUUUAAAGAAGUCGAAUUAAUAAAAUUGGGAGGAAAAAGGGACAAAGGGAAAAAAUGAUUAAACAAAAAGAAGAUCGACAAGUAAACGAGGAAAAGAAAAAUUGCGGAAGUCAGAUACGGAGAUUUUAUGCUGGCAAACAGAUACUGCUUACCGGAUGCACUGGUUACCUUGGCACCGUCAUUUUGGAAAAAAUCUUGCGCACAUGUAACGAAAUCGGUAAAAUUUACGUUAUGAUUCGAGAGAAAAAGAACAUGGAAGUUAAAGAGCGAUUGGAAAAAUACUUUACAAACAAUAUAUUCGAUACAUUACGUGGGUCAAAUCCGAAUUUCAUGGAAAAAGUCGAGCUGAUCUACGGUGAUCUACACGAAAGCGACUUGGGUUUAUCGCCAGAAAAUCGUCGGCGUUUGCUGGAGAACGUGAAUAUAAUAAUUCACAACGCAUCGGACGUGCAUUUUGACGCAAAGCCGUCCUAUAUUUUCCGAAUAAACGUGAUUGGCACGCAGAAGCUAUUGGAACUAGCGACGGAGUGCUCUCGCUUGGAGAUAUUCGCUUACGUUUCGACCGCGUAUUCUAAUCCUUCUAACGCAACGGUGGAAGAAAAAUUUUACCCUUCUCCGGCUGAUAUAAAGCUGAUCAAAGACGUGAUAAAAGUCGAUGAAGAAACCAAAAGUGGACUUUCGCAGGCAUCGAUGCGCGAUAUCGCAGGAAGUUGGAUAAAUUUUUAUCCCUUUAGCAAAGCCACCGCUGAAAAUCUAGUCAAGAAUUUUGGCAUAAGAGAGUCGCUUCCUUGUAUAGUGUACAGACCUAGCAUCAUCACGGGCACGCACCACGAACCAAUCGUAGGGUGGAUCGGAAAUAAAAAUGGUCCAGUACUUGCGGCAAGGGCGGUAAGAGCGGGCCUCAUAAAUGUGCUUGAGUUUGAUAUCAGUGGUUCUUCUAUGGAUCUGAUUCCGGUUGAUAUGACGGCUAAUGGUCUUUUGGCAGCGAUAUGGGACUACGUCUUAAAUAGGGAAUCGUCUGAACCACGAGUGUAUAAUUUUGCAAGCAGCGAUUGGAAUCCUGUUAUGAACACUAUGCUGUCAGAAAGUAUACUGACAAAUGCACACAAAUAUCCAUCGCCCGAAAUGAUCCGCUAUCCGUUCCUGAUCUUUAUUAAAAAUGCUUAUAUUUUCGCUUUUCUCUUUACACUACUUAAUGUUAUUCCUAGUUUAUUUGUCGACGCGUACCUCGUAUUUCGACGGAAGAAGCCAGUGUUUAUAAAGCUGUUGAAAAAGGUAGUUUUAAAUUAUAAAGACGGAAAGAGAUUUCUAAAACCUGAUCGAUUUAUAAAAACAGAUAAUAUGAAGAAGAUUUUAACACGUAUGAGCGAGACCGAUUUACAAGAAUUCUGUUUUGAUUUAUCAACGAUAAACUGGAAUAGUUAUACAAGUCAGAAUUUCGACAUGUUGCGAAAACUACUGAAUGAACCAUCACAGCCGACACCGGCGACAAUGAAGAAAUAUCGAUAUUUGAUGAUAUCACAUUACGUCGUUGUUAGUCUAACUGUACUUGUUUUAUUCUACUUUCUCUACUCGAUAACAUGUAACAUUUUCUCAUUCAUAGAAUAAUAAACGCAACACGAGACUUUUGUUAAACGUGUCUUCUUACUUUUACUUUUACUUAUUUUUCGUAUUUGUCGUGUGCUACAGUAUAGUACACUUUUUCACUGUAUUAUAGUGAAAUAGUAAUGUUGGAUUGGCUAAUGAACUCGCGCGGUCGAUACGAUUAUAAAUAACGAACAACAAUAACGUUAGAUAUCUGAUACGUUAUUAUAAAAUGCAUGUUGAUGUUAAAUAUGGUUUGUUUAAAUUACUCGUCAUUAAAAUGGGGAGAAAUCUUUAAUCUUUGAAAAUUGUUGGAUAGUAGGGGAUUUUAAGGAUUGUAAAAUAUAACACAUAAUUAUAUAUAGAAUAAUACUCUUUAUUGUUUUUGAUA